AGCCCCAAAAUUGCCAUUUCAUUUCAUGUCCCCUCUCUCUCAUCUCUUUCUAACAUCCAAACCUAACUUUACCCAAAACCAGUGCAGAGCAAACCAAAAAAUGGUAUUGGACUCCGAGCUCAUCGCCCGGCUCCGUCAAUUCCUAAGCACCUCCGACCUCACCACCACCACCACCACUGCCGUCCGGCGUAAACUUGAAGAAGACUUCGGUAUUGAUUUAUCGGAUAAGAAAGCGUUUAUUCGAGAGCAAGUUGAUCUUUACCUCGAAGAAGAAAAUGAGAAAAAUGAGGCAGUAAUGGCUGCAGCAGAAGAAGUAAAUGAUGAUGGACCGUCAGCGGAAGGGAAAUCGGAAGUGAGUGAUGAAGGAGGUGGAGAAGAAGAAGAAGAUGGGGAGGAGGAAGAAGAAGAAGAAGAAGAGGAAUCUGAAGCUGCUGAUAAAGGAAAACGAAGAAGUUCUAAGAAAAAGUCUGGGAAGAAGAAUGAAAAUGGUAAAAGGAAAGCUGGUGGAUUUACCAAAGUAUGUAGCCUUUCUCUGGAACUUCAGAAAUUUACUGGGGAAGCAGAACUGGCAAGGACUGAGGUGGUGAAGAGAAUGUGGCAAUAUAUUCGUGAAAAUAAUUUGCAAAACCCAUCAAAUAGGCGGAAUAUAAACUGUGAUGACACAUUGCGUGAGCUUUUUGGAGUGGAUACCAUAGACAUGUUUCAAAUGAACAAGGCCCUCGCAAAGCAUAUCUGGCCGUUGGAUUCUGAUGGUGUUUCCACUGUAACAACUUCUGGUUCGGUAAAUUCUACUGCAAAAGGAAAAAGUUCUACAGCGAAGAAAAAGCGUCGGAAGCAAGAGGAGGAUGAAGAUUCAGAUGAGCCAAAGAGAAAGGAAAAGCGGAAGAACUCUGGAAUUCUUGCUCCACUCCAGCUUUCUGAUGCCUUGAUAAAGUUCCUUGGUACUGGAGAGAGUGAAUUGCCUCGAUCAAAUGUUGUUAAAAGAAUUUGGGAAUACAUUAAGCAAAAUGACUUGCAGGAUCCAUCUGACAAGAGGAAAAUAAUAUGUGAUGAGAAGUUGAAAGAACUGUUCCAUGUUGAUACCUUCACAGGAUUCGGCGUAACAAAACUACUUACUCCACAUUUUAUUAAGGCAGAACGGUGAUACGCUGGUUGUCAUUUGGUGAAAAGCUUGAUGGCUUCAGAAUUUUGCUUUAAGUUUGAAGCUAGACACUAACAUCUUUGUUAUCUUUUCUGUUGUAUAUGCUUUUGGACAAUACUGUACUGUGAACACUAUGGGAGAAGGGGAUGCUACUCUAAGUUGGUUCACAACAUCUGCUCCUAUGAGGGCAAGGACCUUGUUUUGCUUAAACUGAUCAACUUAGGUAUUGUACUUUGAUGAAAAUUGUGAAAAUAUACAAGGACAUAUAGGGAGCAGAUGUGAUUGUCAACACUUCUCAUCUCCAAGACAUUUUCAUAUGGGCAUUCAAUACUAAUUAAUAGUUCUUUUUAAA